AUGUCUGACGCUACAGUCACGCCGCAAGCGCGUGCUCAUGGCUGGAAUAUUCACUUCUUAGCUGGUAUAGAUCACUUUGCUGGUCUUUUUCACCCUCCCGGCUCAGGUACUUUGCGUUAUCGCCACAUUAUCGACAAGCUACGUCUCUGCUUUGAACUUCCUCAUAGCUCUUCAGCCCCAGAACCGAGUGAUCCCUGGAAGGGUAUUGCAUUCGGCCACGUUGGAUUUGUCAAUGCCGGCCCCGGGUGCGCAACGCACAUUCCCUAUCCAUCUCUCCGUCAGGAUAGUCGGUACCUUCCUCCAAACAAAGGUUCAAAGGACCCGAACUUUACUCAACUACCAUACCGCAAAACUAUACGACCUCGAGGAUCGCCGUCACCGUCAAAACGUUCCGCCUCGGGGUCCGUAUCUCCAACCAAAGACAAUUGUGGAGGCUCGCAAGCUGUUACUGGUGACGAUGACGUUACCAGUCUCAUCACCCCCCCAAUGAUGAUGGACAUGUCAGUUGAAGAUGCACGUCAAACCAUGGCAACCUUCCGUACUUCCUGUCUCGUUGAAAGUAAUAGAUGUGCUGUGAGCGGCAAGGGGCGAGGAUGGUGUGCCAGUCCAGCAGUUGGACCAGGCGUGCAAGCAUGCCAUAUCGUGCCCCAGCAACACUACCAUGUAUAUCCCCUGCCUGAAGCUUUCAGCAGCGAGCAGAGAUACAGUCAUCGUCGCCUUCGUGAAGCCUGGCGCCGCACAUGGCAAGCUAAGAAUGGCAUAUUGCUGUCCAAGACUCUUCAUGAGCUGUUCGACCUUAGACUGUUUUCCAUCCAUCCGGAUACGCUACGAGUCCGCAUCUUUGUUCCAUUCGACUUUCUUGAAGAAUAUCACGACAGGACUGCUCAGCUGCCACCGAACGUGGAUCGCAGAGCUUUGCGCCAUCAUUACGAGAUGUGUUGCAUCGAGAAAAUGGCUGCUGAGAUGCCCUUAAGGGAACAGAUAAUACAAUCUUACGCUGGUGCGAGGUCAAUCGCCGCGUCGACCUUGGAAUCUGACUCUCACAUUACCAGCAUGUCGCCUGAGAGCACCAGAGGUUUAAACGAUGAGCAGACCUCGGCGCAAACCGGAGACCCUUCGAAACGGCGUGUCCGGCAAGCGCAAGAUAAUGCAAACACACCGGAUUUAGCAAGCCAUAAAUCUGCUUCAUUCUCAGCAAACGAAAUAUCAGCGGUUACACCAGACUUCGACAAAUACGGUCCGGACAACCAAGUUAUGCUGGAAAGAUGCAAACGAUGCACCGUGGCGGGACCUAGCACCUAUCCCCGAAAACGGCAGCGAAUUCUAAAACGUGAAAAUUCUACUUGGACUGGUGUAGCAGAUAACAAGGCACUAAAUGAUGCUCUAGACCUGCACGUAUUUGCAUCUAUGCCGCUUAGCAUUGAAAGAUUUCUGGCUGAGAGGUCAAACUUGACAGACGAUGAGGACACUCACGACUAA